CUUCUGCUUCUGGGCUGUCCUCCAUCAGCAUUCCGCUGCCGGCAAUGGAGGAGACAGGGCAGCGGUCGCCGGUAAGCGACUUCACAGCAGAUUCCAUCGAGACUGCCAUGAAGAUGGGAGUGGCAUGUGGAAGCGUUGGGUUUCUGUUUGGUGGAGCCGUUGGUAUUCUUCGUGGCCUUCCUGUCUUCUUUGCUGCAACAGCAACGGGCGUGCAGACCUUUGGACUUGGAACCGCGUUCACAUGGACUCGCUUGAGUAUCAUUCAUGCUUGGACUACCGAACAGCGUCCGCCCACAUCUAGCGAUUUGAUCAAAGCAACUGCCAUAGCCGGCGGCUUCUCAGGUGGCGCUAUGGGUGCUCUCUUUCGUGGCCGCAAGAACAUUCUUCCAGGAAUGCUCAUGUGGUCGAUCUUUGGUGCUGCAGGACAGUACUCUUACAAUCUUUGGACUGUACCGAGACAAAUAGGACCUCAAGGGCCCGGCUUCUGGCAACGCAUGAGCGAGAAGAGCUGGACACCGUUUAGAGUGCUCAGCAAUGAGGAAUACGCCACUAUGCUGAAGGAGAAGCAGCUCAGGCUCGACGUCGAGAUCUCCAUUCUCGAGGACAAGAUUGCCGCUAUCAAGAAGGAGCAAAGUGAGAGUGGCAACGAAACGGUGGCAUCCGAUGGCGCUGAGAAGUGAACAUUAAUACGCAUAUGUAAAACCUGCAAAAUGCUGUCAAAACAUUUUUGCAGCCAGUACACGCGAGAGUACUCUCGACGGGGAGUCAGGGAAGAUCUGAGG